GCCUGCCUACGGUCCGAUAGCGAGAUUGGAGCGAGACCAAAGACGCAGCCCAAGGAUUGGCCCAAAGGCGCGUUAUCUUCGCUGCAAGGAGAAAGAAAUGGAAUUCAAACACCCAAAACAAGGAAUUGGAUGAAGUUCUGGAGGAAUAAUCAGGAUUCAAACUGCUGUAAAAGAGCUGAAGAGGAGCUGAGAAGCCCCCCCGCUGCUUUUAGAGAGUGAGGAUUUGGCUGCAGCUCGGCGGCUCUCUCUCACACACAAACCCAGGAGCUGYAGCCAUGAGCAGGGCGCUCACGGAGCACAUCAGCAGCACCACUAGCUUCCGAGAAGAUGCUCCUCGUCCCCCGGUGCCGGGGGAGGAGGGAGAGGCGUCAUGCUACAACCCGACCAGAUCAGGCACAAUGAGAGGCCAGAGCAAGGUUAAAGAGACCUCCGCGCCCCCCGGGUCCACGCCGCGGAGGAACGAGGAUGGACUCGGGGAGCCAGAGGGCAGCGCGUCCCCGGACUCGCCCCUCGCCCGGUGGACUAAGUCCCUGCAUUUCCUCCUGGGCGACCAGGACGGGGCUCACCUGUUCAGGACCUUCCUGGAGCGGGAGAACUGCGUGGACACGUUGGACUUUUGGUUCGCCUGCAACGGCUUCAGGCAGAUGGACCUAAAGGACAGCAAAACUCUGAGAGUUGCCAAAGUGAUCUUCAAGCGGUACGUGGAGAACAACAGCGUGGUGGCCAAGCAGCUGAAACCGGCCACCAAGACCUUCAUCCGGGAUGGCAUCAAGAAGCAACAGAUCGACUCGGACAUGUUUGACCAGGCGCAGACGGAGAUCCAGUCUCACAUGGAGGAGAAUUCCUACCAGAUGUUUCUGACCUCCGACAUAUACCUCGAAUAUGUGCGCACCGGCUGCGAGAACGCCGCCUACAUGAACCACGGCGGGCUGGGCAGCCUGAAGCUGAUGUGCGGAUACCUUCCUCCUCUCAUGGAGGAAGAGGAGUGGAAUUGUACCGAUCUGAGAACCAAGGGGUUGGGGUCUGUGGUCGGACUGUCUGCAAAGAACCUGAGGGCUUCUGUGACCAUCCGGACAGCAGCUGAGGUGCUGGAGAAGAGCUGCAGGUCCCACCGUCGAGGAGACCCUGUCAGUCCGUAUUUUGUCAACUCCGGCUACAUCUUCGCCCCCGCCACCAGUGCCAAUGACAGCGAGGUCUCCAGCGACGCCACGACGGAUGACUCCAUGUCGAUGACCGACAGCAGUGUCGAUGGGAUCCCUCCGUACAAGCUGGGCACCAAGAAGCAGCUGCAGAGGGAGAUGCAUCGCAGUGUUAAGAUCAACGGCCAGGUUACGCUACCCCACUUUCCUAGGACACACCGGCUGCCGAAGGAGAUGAUCCCAGUUGAGCCCUCAGCCUUUGCUGCUCAACUCAUCGCCAAACUGGAGAAGCUGAAGCGAGAGCAGGACACCAUGAGCUCCCUGGAGGAGAGGCUGCAGCAGAUCCAAGAGGAGGAUGAAAGGGAGGAGAGCAUGGACCUCGGCAGCAGCAGCAUCCCUCUCCACCACCCGCUGCUUCCAUCUUCCAGCCAGUGCGAGGAAGACCCCCAGGCUAUCUUAGACGAGCACCUUUCCCGUGUGCUAAAGACCCCCGGCUGCCAGUCACCAGGCGUGGUUCGGCACUCGCCUCGUUCUCGCUCCCCAGAGCGGACAGGUGCCUUUCUGUCAUCCGGGCCCUUUUUCGGUGCUUAUCACGGGGCCUCCAAGGUCCUCCUGACGAGCAGGCAGUCCACAAAGCACAUCCACCACCACUACAUCCACCAUCACCACGCUGGGCCGAAGACCAAGGAGCAGAUCGAGACGGAYGCGGCUCAGCGUGUGCAGUGCCUCUGCCCUCAAGGGGGCGCCAGUUAUUCCAGCUUCACACCUGCCCGCUGCAGCACUUUGUCCAGACGGCCGGCCAAGGCCUGUGAUGAGGACACGUCUUCAUCGUGCCUUCCCCAGGUUUCCACCGACCGCUCUCAGAAUGUUUGGCAGUGGAUCUUAGAGAGCGAGAGGCAGGGAAAGCACAAGCCACACAGCGCUCAAGGCCUAAAGAAGUCCAGCCCGCUUGACUCCAAGAUUCUGCCUGCUCGAACCAACACCUCUUGGGGUGGAGGGGGCAUCUGCAACGGCACUCACCUUCGUGGCCAUCACCCAGGCCACCCUUUCAUCCAGGACCCAGCCAUGCCACCCUUACCCCCACCCAACACCCUGGCACAGUUGGAGGAGGCCUGUCGAAGACUAGAAGAGGUUUCUAAGCCACCAAAGCCAAAGCACUCGACAGCAGCGAGCAGCCUUCAGAGGGACAGGAGCCAUCCAGGUGCUGGAGUCAGCGUUGGCAGCUCUCUGACCACCUCUGAUGAGUCUAAGGAGCUGGUGGUCACCUACUUCUUCUGUGGUGAAGAAAUCCCUUAUCGCAGCAUGAUGAAGACCCACUGCCUCACCCUGGGUCACUUCAAGGAACAGCUCAGCAAAAAAGGCAACUACCGGUACUACUUCAAGAAGGCAAGCGAUGAGUUUGAGUGCGGCGCGGUGUUUGAGGAGGUUCUGGAGGACUCCACGGUGUUGCCCAUGUACGAGGGCAAGGUCCUGGGCAAGGUGGAGAGGAUGGACUAAAGAGCACAAACAACCUGCCCCCCUGCCCCCCACCCAAACUAAAGCUAAACAUUUCCUAAAAACUUGAGCGACAGACUGAGAGUAAAAAAAAAACACUCUGGACUCUUUUUUUUAAUCUAUUUCUUAAUAUUAAGCUAAACAGAGUUAAUAUAUCCAGCACAAGAGGAGUGAUUGAAGGAAGACGAGCCAAUGAAGUAUGCCGAACUCAGAGGAGGUGCCCCCCUCCCCCCUCCCUGACUCUCUCAACCGAUCAGCCUUAGAAACAGGAGGGAACGAAACUUUGAAGACCACCCCGAGAACCMGAGUCCAGGGGGAGGGGAGACCCCCGACUCCGCUUAACGAUAACCACUGAAGACUGUUGAGACGAAAGACUGAUGGUGCAGCGAGCGAGACAACCCUAACAUUACUCCGCCCACUUCGCCUGUACGUGUGCAUAUACAUACAUGCAUAUAUGUAUAUAUACAUGUAUUAUAUAUA